UGGGGACAACAGAGCUCACAAGCUUCUAGGACAAGAGCCAGUAAGAAAGCGGAAAGAAAACACUUGGUGUAAACAUGACUUCCAAGCUGGCUGUGGCUGUCUUGGCUGCUUUCCUGCUUUCUGCAUCUCUGUGUAGAGCUGCCGUUGUGUCAAGAAUAGCUACAGAACUUCGAUGCCAGUGCAUAAAGACCCACUCUGCACCUUUCCACCCCAAAUUUAUCAAAGAAUUGAGAGUGAUUGAGAGUGGACCACACUGUGAAAAAUCAGAAAUCAUUGUAAAGCUCCACAAUGGAAACGAGGUCUGCCUGGACCCCAAGGAAAAGUGGGUGCAGAAGAUUGUGCAGAUAUUUUUGAAGAGAGCUGAGAAGAAGAAUCCAUGAAAAAAAAGCGUUCUCCUCGGUAAAGAUGCCACUGAAACUUCAACCAAACCUACUCUAGUGCUUCAUGGACUGUGUGGGUCUGGUGAGGAGUUGCCAGAUAAAAUACACGAUGCCCAGUUAAAUUUGAAUAUUGGGUAAAACAAUGAAUAGUUUUUUUUCAAUGUCCCAUGAAAUAUCUAGGACAUACUUAUAUUUGAAAAAUUAUUCAUUAUAUACCAUAAGCUCAAAUUUAGCUAGAAAUCUGGUAUUACUUUUCUGGUUAAAUAUUGCAACCCUAGUCUGCUGGCCAAGAUCCACAAGUGCCUGUUCAACUGCGCCUUGGUUUCUUCUUUAUUACUAGCCUGGAGAAAAAGUAUCAGCCAUCAUCUUACCUCACAGAAAUGUGAGGACACGUGAAAGCAAUUUAACUUUUUCAUGAUCAUGUAAAUUAUUUCCAAAUGUAACUUAUUCCCCUAUUUAUUAUUUAUAUAUUUAUUUAAGCAUCAAAUAUAGUCAUAUUUGUGCAUGAAUUUGAAAAAUGGAAAAAAACCCACAUUGUUGAUAGGAUAGUAUAGUGAUGGUCAUGAAUUUAUAUUUAUUUUAGAUCUUAAGCAAUAUAUAGAAUUAUUUUGAUCAGAGUUGUUUUAUUUUGAUCAGGGUUGCCAGAUUUAGCAAAAUUAAAAGCAAACAAAUAGGACAUCCAGUUAAUUUUUAUUUCAAAUGAACAGUGAAUAAUUUUUUAGUAUAAAUACACCAUUAUGUAUCUUAAAUUUUAAUUGAACUGGCAAUCCUACUUUUGAUACUCCUUGUAUUGUCUUGUUAUGCUAUACUGUAUUGAGUCACCAGAAUCCUGAAUUACGUCUAUCUUUCUCAAAACAACAAAAAUUCACCAGAAAAUAUUAACAAAGUAAUUUACUGCUGGUUAAGACUUAUUUAUUGUGUUCAAAUAGAUUCUUAUAAUUUUAUUUAAAUAAUUGUGGUUUUUAACACUCUAUGUUUUACUUUAAGAUACUUUUGCAUGCUCCCAAAGAGAUUUUUUCCUACUGUUUUCAAUGGUCUAGAAAUAUAAAUGUAACUAUAACACAUUUAAAAUAAAAUUUAUU